CUAGAAUCUCCCUUCUCCUACUCUCGUCAUUCCUAGAUUAUGUUGCUUGGAGCGGACGCUCACAAAUUGAUAUCGGAGACACUGAUCUAAGCGCUAGCACACACCUACUACACGCGUCGCGCGAAGGAAUCCGGAUCCAUGGAGCCCAACCUGAAGAUGGCGAUCGAGGAACAAUCCAAGCUUCUUCGCGACAUCUGUGACCACCUCUUUGCUCAGGAGACGCGUUGGUGCACGCUCGAGACAACCGUCGCGUGGAACACCGCGUCACCGCAACAUCUGGAAGCCAACAUCGCCAUCGAGAGUCUGACAUCGAUCCACGUGGAACUCGACGCCCAGGUCACCGCAGCGAUCGAGCGCCUCGAUGAAGUCGAGGCCGCUUUCGUAAUGCGCCUCGGUGCCCUCGUGUCGGCUUACGCGGCCUUCGAGUCGUGGCGGCCCGACGUGGAGGCUUCGGUCGACGAGAUCCACACCUCCGUGCAUCUUCUGCGUGACGAGGUGUCCAAGUGGGCUGCCCAAGCGCCGCCGCCACAGCUCGAUACCGCCGCGGGUAUUCUCGGCCCGUACCAGUCGGUGGCGGAGCGCUCGCCUGCUGCCGCGUACAACACCGACAGCCCAGAUGGGAAUUGCUUCGACAAAAAUCGCUGGGGGCAUGGUUUUGGGCAUCUCCUUGCCCAAAACCAUCUCCCGAUCAAUGGAGGAGAUUGUGGAGGCAUCAAGAAUUCGGGAGUACAAGAAAUUUGAUUCCAGUACAGCCAGCAAGACUCCAUCUCGUGGUCCUUUUCCGCUACCUCCACCGCCCAAGUCUGCUCCUGGCAAGCUAGUGGACUCUAAAGCCCUAGAACAUCUUGAUGCACCAGUUAUGGCGGAUUGUCUCUACUCCGUCUAUGCUUUUUGUAAGGCCUAGGGCCUCUGCUACAAAUGUGGAUUGUCAUAUUUCCGAGGCCAUCAAUGUCCGGAUACUGUUCCGCUUCACUUGGUAGAAGAAUUAUGGCAUCAGUUUCAACCUCCAUCUAAAGAUAAUCAAUCAGUGUUGGGGAUCAAA